AUGCCAAGCCGCGCACUAUCGUUCUACUCGAGGAAGCUGAACGACCUCCAGGCGAAGCUCGAGUUCUUGGACCUCUUCGAAAACGAGGCGAGCAAGCGUGGCGUCAUACGCCACGCGAUCCCGAAGACGCUCAUCGACCAAGUCGGCCUCGGCACCCUUCCGCAGAGGCUGCAUAAGACCUAUCAGCGUGCCUUUUUCUCGAACUGGGUUGCAUUUUACUUCAUCUACAAGUACGGUUUCAACGGCACUACCGUUGACCUUUUCCACUUUGCACGGGACCUCGCAGCUUAGAUUCUUCCUAGAGUCAAGGGCUGUCUUCUGCUGCGACCAUCGUCCCCUUCUCGGCCCCCUUUUGUCUAUCCAGAAUUUAUAUGGCCUUUCCCCUCCGAUCAUUCCUCGUCAUGCGUCCUUUCGGACGCUGACUUUCAAGACGAACUCUGAACUCUUUCAUCGGGAGGUACAACUUAAUGACUGAGUCCUACGAACUUGUACACGUAAAAGGAGCCCAAUCAUAUCUCUGCAUCGCUUCUGCGCCUUAACCCCAGCGUGACACCCCCUUCUUGAACAUGAUGAUCUGCUCGU